AAAAUUGAUUAAUUAAACCACUAUAGUCAUAUUGCAGUCUUAUAACACAUUUGACCACGCCUUAAAUUUCUCCAAGAAUUAAAAGAAGUUCCUCUUCAUCUAUGCUAUAUUGCACUCAAUGAAUCUCAGGAAGUCAACUAGCUUGCUAACGGUGAAAAUAUUCGAUGUGAGAGACGAUCGAGAAUCGAUACAGGAAGAUCCCAUGUAUUCAUUUCUUACAAUUUCGUGUGCUCUUGGUUUUCUUCUUUGUGUAUGGAAAGCAUUGGAUUUCGUAUGGUUUCAUCCCAGAAAACUUGAGAAGCAACUCCGAUCACAAGGUCUUGUCGGAAAUCCUUACAAUCCCAUCUUUGGUGACCUGAAAGAAUUUCAUAAGAUGACUCAAGAAGCUAAAUUGAAGCCGUUGACGGAUCUCUCCGACGAUAUCCUGCCGCGAGUUUGUCCUUUCUCCGUUGAAACCAUCCGGAAAAAUGGUACAAAUUCUUUUGUUUGGCUUGGGCCAACCCCUGCAAUUAUCAUCAAGGACCCUAAACUUUUGAAGGAGAUCUUCCUUAAGCCUAAUAUUUUCCAAAAGGCUAAUUCAAAUCCACUCAUUAGAUUGUUGGUCCAAGGCUUGUUUACAGCCCAAGGAGAGAAGUGGACCAAAGACAGAAGGCUAAUUAACCCUGCUUUCCAUAUGGAGAAGAUCAAGUUGAUGGUGCCAGCUUUCCGUUUGGGUGUGGAUGAAAUGUUGGCUAAAUGGGAAGAAAGCCUUUCACCCCAAGGAUUAUGCAAUUUGGAUGUGUGGCCUUUUCUCCAAACUCUAACUGCUGAUGCUAUUUCCCAUACAGCAUUUGGUAGCAAUUACGAAGAAGGACGAAAGAUAUUUGAACUCCAAAAAGAACAAGCACAACAUGUUACCACAGCUAUUCAAUCGUUAAAUUUCCCAGGAUUAAGGUUUUUGCCAACAAAGAGAAACAGAAGAAUGAAUGAGAUUGAAAAGCUAGUUAGAACGAAAAUUCGGAAAAUUAUUGACAAGAGAGUGAAAGCAACAAAACUAGGAGAGAAAAACAAGGAUGACUUACUGGGCAUAAUGUUGGAAUCUAAUUCUAGUGAGAUUGAACAACGAGGAGGAAACAAAGAUUUCGGUUUGAGCAUCGAAGAUAUUAUCGAAGAAUGCAAACUCUUCUAUUUUGCUGGGCAGGAGACAACUUCAUCGUUGCUCGUAUGGACCUUGAUUCUACUUAGCAAGCACGAAGAUUGGCAGUCGCGUGCUAGAGAUGAGGUUUUGCAAGUUUUUGGAAACAAAGAUGUUGAUUUUGAAGGCCUUAAUCAGCUCAAAGUGGUUACGAUGAUCUUUAACGAGGUUCUAAGACUGUAUCCAUCAGCGCCAACGCUCAUUAGAAGAACACACGAAGAAACAAAAUUAGGAAAGUAUAUUCUUCCAGCUGGUUUGUUGUUGAUACCUCAAAUACUGAUGUUACAUCAUGAUUCCGAAGUAUGGGGUGAUGAUGUGAAGGAGUUCAAACCGGAAAGAUUUAGUGAAGGAAUUUCAAAAGCAAGUGCAAAUGAAGGACAAGUUGCAUUUGUACCAUUUGGUUGGGGGCCUCGAAUAUGCAUUGGACAGAAUUUUGCCAUUCUAGAAGCAAAGUUAGCAAUGGCUUUGAUCCUGCAGAGAUUCUCCUUCCAGCGUUCUCCAUCUUACACUCACGCACCUCACACACUAAUUACACUACAACCUCAGCAUGGUGCCUACCUAAUUUUGCGAAAGUUGUCAUGAUUUUGGAUAUACAGGCCAUUCAACCAAAUGGACCAAUCCUACAAGAGGGGAAAAAAUGAAGCUAAUCAGUAGAGCAAAAACAAAGAACUAUGUUGUGUUAUUUUAUUUUUUUUUCAAAAAAAUAGUAAUCUCUACAUUACGAAAUAAUUCUCAGAUUUAAAUUUUAUUUUUAAAGUGAACCUCAAAACGGGUUAUUGAAAUAUUAGGUAAUUCUAAUAUAGGUCAUC